CAUCCACCGAAUUCCAUAGCCUUCUCCUUCCCUUGCCCUGCCCCAUCAAAUUUCAAACCCACUGUAACAGCAACACCCUUCUCUCUCUACCCAAGCUUUCUCUCACUACCUCCAUUUCUGGCCUCAUCAUCCAAAUCCCACAUGGGAAUCCCAAAAUCGGAGAUGGGUUUUCAAAAUGAAGAGAAAUCAGUGAGAAUUUUAAGGGCUUUGAAGACCCUCUUCUUCUUAAUCACCAUGUUUAUAUCUCUGCUUUUCUUCUCUGCCCCAAUUCUCAUCGCCAUGGUCGAUUCCCUUCUCCCCUCUGCUCUCCUCUACCCCGAUUCUCUCUCCUUCAAAUCUCUCUCUUCCAAUCUCCAAAACUACAAUUUUGCCUCCUCAAUUGUCGACAUUCCGCUCAUCUCCAUCUCCAGAUCCGCCAUUAUCGUCUGUGUGUACAGUUUGUGCGAUGGGGCGAAGCUGUCUCGAGGGCCGUACUUAGCGGCGGUGAUGGGUUGUUCUUCGAUUUCGCUGGUUUUUGUUUCGGUGAAAGCUUAUUGUUUGUUUGGUGGGUCGGCGCCGGCGCCGGCGGUGGAGCCAGGAGGCGCCACGGAAAUGGUUUUGUUGUUUGGUUGCUCUCUGAUUUUGGCUCUUGGACACUUUGCUGUGGCGUAUAGAACAAGUUGCAGAGAGAGAAGGAAGCUUCGAGUUUACCAAAUAGACAUUGAAGCUGUUUUUUCAGGCAGCCAAAAAGGGUUCCCACAGUACAAAAAGAUUCUUUUGGAAGGAAAAGCCGUUGAGUAAAUUUAUGGAGUGAACGUUGAACCGUUGACGAUUUGUCGUAACAACGAAGGGCUCAACAAUAGGUAGAUGUCGACAACAUAUUGUCUAGAAAUCUACGGGUAGAUAAAUGCAUAUUUUAUAAAUAUAAUAUUUGAAGGUAAGGUAUAGAGUGCACUGGAAGAAAUAUAAUACGAAGAAAAAUUUUAUGAUAUUAGUACAUAGAUAAUACUUGGCUGCUAUUUAUAUAGUAUAGUUCUAAGCCCCUUAAACAAUUGACAACAAYGAGAGAAAAGUAAAAAAUCAUAUUUUUUUUUCUUAGAAACAAUGAACUGUCAAAUUUUUAUU